UUCGGCUCGGCCGGAAGGAGAUCGGGUCAGUCGUCGCCACUGGGGAGCUCCAUCCACCACGAACCUGGGACUGGGCUCCUCCGCACCGAACGCCAGGGCAGCGCCGCUGGGGCGACUCAGGUCCGAGAGGCGGAGGUGAGAUGGUGUUCAUCCCGGCAGAUGGCCAGGAUGGGGCAAGAAGGAUUGCACGCUCGGCGGAGGAUUCGCUGGAGGUUGCUGGUGAAGCUGAGGCCGCCUCCUCAGAUCUUGGCCAGGUUGAGGCCAAACCAGCAGGUCAGGAGGAGCUUCGACUGCCUGAAGAGGCCAAGGCCAAGUCGAGAAUCACCUGCCCAGGGCUUUGAAGACCUUGAAGGUGGUCCCUUUGCUGGUCGGCUUGAGAAUUCCAAAAAGAAGAGGAACCAAGCGUUCAAAGAGAUUAGCUUGAAGUCCGACAAGAACGCACGAAUUCAAAGGCUGAACAACCGACGCAAGCAGAUGUACAAGGGCCAAGAGGACGAGGAC